GGGGGCUGGGAGGGGACGGGACGCGGUGGACGAAGACCGGCCGGCCCUCGGGGCCCCGCUCUUUUAUGGGUCAGCUCUCCUGGGCUCCUGACUGGCUCCUCCUAAUGAGGUUGGCUGCAGGCUCCAAAAAGAACUGCCCUCAUCAGCAGGUGCUGUUACUGUGACGGACUCAGUUGGGUUUGUCCAUGUUGGGGAGAAACCUUCCUUUCAAGGGUGACUGUGUUCAUCUGGGCAUGCCUAAAAUACCCUGGGCCCAUGGACCUGAAGGAGAAACAUCUGGGCGAGCCCUCUUUGGCCCUGGGCCUGUCUACCCAGAAGGCCCUCAGUGUCUUGAAGGAGCAGCUGGAGGCUGUGCUGGAGGGACACCUGAAAGAGCAGAAGAAAUGUGUUACAUGGAAGGAGGCAUGGAGAAACAGCUUCUUGCACCUCAGUAACCGCUGUUCCUGUUUUCACUGGCCCGGGGCCUCACUCAUGCUGCUGGCUGUGCUGCUGUUGCUGGGCUGCUAUGGGGGCCAGCCGGCUGGGAGCCAUGGAGUAGAGCUGGUGAACGCCUCCAUGCUCUUCCUGCUGCUGCUUCUCAACCUCGUCCUCAUUGGGCGGCAAGAUCGGCUGAAGCGCCGGGAGGUGGAGCGCAGGCUCCGAGGGAUCAUUGACCAAAUCCAAGAUGCCCUCAGGAAUGGAAAGGAGAUCAAGUGGCCAAAAGCUAUGUAUCCAGACCUCCACAUGCCUUUUGCACCAUCCUGGUCUCUGCACUGGGCCUACAGAGAUGGACACCUGGUGAACCUGCCAGUUAGCCUGUUGGUAGAAGGAGACAUCAUAGCCUUGAGGCCUGGCCAGGAGUCCUUUGCCUCCUUAAGGGGCAUCAAGGAUGAUGAACACAUAGUCCUGGAGCCUGGAGACUUGUUCCCCCCCUUCUCUCCUCCACCCUCGCCCCGGGGAGAAGUAAAGAAAGGGCCACAGAACCCCCAGCAGUACCGGCUCUUCCGUGUCCUGGAGACUCCAGUGAUUGCCAACAUCAGAUGGUGCCUGGACAUGGCCCUGUCCCGCCCAGUCACUGCUCUGGACAAUGAGAGGUUCACCGUGCAGUCAGUGAUGCUUCACUAUGCUGUGCCCGUGGUCCUGGCCUGCUUUCUCAUCACCAAUGCCGUGCGCUUCAUGUUCUGUGCUCCUGGGGUCACCUCCUGGCAGUACACCCUCCUCCAACUUCAGGUGAAUGGCAUGCUGCCCAUCCUCCCCCUGCUCUUCCCAGUCCUCUGGGUUCUGGCCACCGCCUGUGGAGAAGCCCGCGUCCUGGCCCAGAUGAGCAAGGCCUCACCCAGCUCCCUGCUGGCCAAGUUCUCAGAGGAUACGCUCAGCAGCUAUACCGAAGCCGUCUCCGCUCAGGAAAUGUUGCGCUGCAUUUGGGGCCACUUCCUGAGGGUUAUCCAGGGGACAUCUCCAACACUAAGCCACAGUGCCAGUCUGCUACACAGCUUGGGUUCCGUCACGGUUCUAUGCUGUGUGGACAAGCAAGGCAUCCUGUCAUGGCCAAAUCCCAGCCCAGAGACUGUGCUGUUCUUCAGUGGGAAGGUGGAGCCACCUCACAGUAGCCAUGAGGACCUCACGGAUGACCUGUCCACCCGCUCCUUCUGCCAUCCUGAGGUAGAGGAGGAGCCCCACGAGCGAGAUGCCCUCCUUGCUGGCUCCCUCAACAAUGCUCUGCACCUUUCCAACGAGCAGGAGCGUGGCGACUGGCCUGGUGAUGGUUCUAAGCCCCUUGAACCCUACUCCCACCAAAAGGUGCAUGGCCGCAGCAAACACCCAUCUGGCUCCAACGUGAGCUUCAGCAGGGAUACUGAGGGCGGCGAGGAAGAACCCGGCAAGACCCAGCCUGGGACAGAGGGUGAAUCCUACGAGGCUGAAGACUUCGUGUGUGACUAUCAUUUGGAGAUGCUAAGCCUGUCCCAAGACCAGCAAAAUCCCUCCUGCAUCCAGUUCGAUGACUCCAACUGGCAGCUGCACCUCACUUCCCUCAAGCCCCUGGGCCUCAACGUGCUGCUGAACCUGUGCAAUGCCAGUGUCACCGAGCGCCUGUGCCGCUUUUCCGACCACCUGUGCAACAUUGCCCUACAGGAGAGCCACAGUGCCGUGCUGCCUGUGCAUGUGCCCUGGGGCCUCUGUGAGCUGGCCCGUCUUAUUGGCUUCACUCCAGGGGCCAAGGAGCUCUUCAAGCAGGAAAACCACCUGGCGCUCUACCGCCUCCCCAGUGCUGAGACCGUGAAGGAGACCUCUCUGGGGCGGCCCUCCUACGUCACCAAACGACGUCCACCGCUCAGCCACAUGAUCAGCCUCUUUAUCAAGGACACUGCCACCAGCACAGAGCAGAUGCUGUCCCAUGGUACUGCUGAUGUGGUCUUGGAGGCCUGCACAGACUUCUGGGAUGGUGCAGACAUCUAUCCUCUUUCGGGUUCUGACAGAAAGAAAGUGCUGGAUUUCUACCAGCGUGCCUGCCUGUCCGGCUAUUGCUCUGCCUUUGCCUACAAACCCAUGAACUGUGCACUGUCCUCUCAGCUCAAUGGCAAAUGCAUUGAGCUGGUGCAGGUGCCCGGCCAGAACAGCAUGGUCACCAUGUGUGAGCUGCCCAGCACCAUCCCCAUCAAACAGAACACCCGCCGCAACAGCUGGAGUUCUGACGAAGGGAUCGGGGAGGUGUUGGAGAAGGAAGACUGCAUGCAGGCCUUGAGCGGUCAGAUCUUCAUGGGCAUGGUGUCCUCCCAGUACCAGGCCCGGCUGGACAUCGUGCGUCUCAUUGAUGGGCUGGUCAACGCCUGUAUCCGUUUUGUCUACUUCUCAUUGGAGGAUGAGCUCAAAAGCAAGGUAUUUGCAGAAAAGAUGGGCCUAGAGACUGGCUGGAACUGCCACAUUUCCCUCACUCCCAAUGGUGACAUACCUGGUUCUGAGAUCCCUCCCUCUAGCCCCAGCCAUGCAGGCUCCCUCCAUGAUGACCUUAAUCAGGUGUCCCGAGAUGAUGCGGAAGGGCUCCUUCUCUUGGAAGAGGAGGGGCAUUCAGAUCUCAUCAGCUUCCAGCCUACAGACAGUGACAUCCCCAGCUUCCUGGAGGACUGCAACCGGGCCAAGCUGCCCCGAGGCAUCCACCAAGUGAGGCCCCAUCUGCAGAACAUUGACAACGUGCCCCUGUUGGUGCCUCUCUUCACUGACUGUACCCCUGAGACCAUGUGUGAGAUGAUAAAGAUCAUGCAGGAGUAUGGGGAGGUGACCUGCUGCCUGGGCAGCUCUGCCAACCUGAGGAACAGCUGUCUCUUCCUCCAGAGUGAUAUCAGCAUUGCCCUGGAUCCCCUGUAUCCAUCCCGCUGCUCCUGGGAGACCUUUGGAUAUGCCACCAGCACCACCAUGGCCCAGGCCUCGGAUGGCCUUUCUCCCUUGCAGCUGUCAGGACAGCUCAAUAGCCUGCCUUGCUCCCUGACCUUUCGCCAGGAGGAGACCAUAAGCAUCAUCAGGCUCAUUGAGCAGGCUCGGCAUGCUACCUACGGCAUUCGUAAGAGCUUCCUUUUCCUGCUGCAGUGCCAGCUGACCCUUGUGGUUAUCCAGUUCCUUUCUUGCCUGGUCCAGCUGCCACCACUCCUAAGUACCACAGACAUCCUGUGGCUGUCCUGCUUUUGCUACCCUCUGCUCAGCAUUUCUCUGCUGGGGAAGCCACCCCAUAGCUCUAUCAUGUCUAUGGCAACAGGCAAAAACCUUCACUCUAUUCCUAAGAAGACCCAGCACUACUUCCUGCUCUGCUUCUUGCUCAAGUUCAGCCUCACCAUCAGCUCGUGCCUCAUCUGCUUUGGCUUCACACUGCAGAGCUUCUGUGACAGCGCCCAGGCCCGCAACCUCACCAAUUGCUCCUCAGUCAUGCUGCGCAGCAAUGACCACAGGGCCCCGGCCUGGUUUGAGGACUUUGCCAAUGGCUUGUUGUCUGCCCAGAAGCUCACAGCUGCCUUGAUUGUCCUGCACACUGUCUUUAUCUCCGUUACCCAUGUGCAUCGCACUAAGCCUCUGUGGAGAAAGAGCCCUUUGACAAACCUCUGGUGGGCAGUGACUGUGCCUGUGGUGCUCCUGGGUCAGGUAGUGCAGACAGCUGUGGACCUGCAGCUGUGGACACACACGGAUACCCGUGUCCACUUUGGCCUGGAGGACGUGCCUCUGCUGACAUGGCUCCUGGGCUGCCUGUCCUUGGUCCUUGUGGUGGUUACCAAUGAGAUCGUAAAGCUGCAUGAGAUUCGGGUUCGCGUCCGCUACCAGAAGCGACAGAAGCUACAGUUUGAGACUAAGCUGGGCAUGAACUCUCCCUUCUGAGCCAUUGGCCAUGGCGGCCAUAGUUGCCUGGUUUCUCUGGGCUAAAGCCAGACCCAUUCCUGAGUCUGCAAAGUUGGUAACAUGAAUGCUUCAGGGUUUGUGUUUGUGUCCUGUGGCAUUGGAGACCUGGCUCUGGUCACUGGCGACCAGGAAGAAGCUAGCCCAGGGCCUUGGCUUGAUAGGACUACCCUAGCUCUUCCCUGGCUCUGCCAGGGGCACUCUUGAAUGUAUAACCUCAGGCACUUGGCAGAGGGGCUCUUCGUUCCCUCCCUCGUGGGACCCUUGGGCCUCUCACCUGGUGCCCUCUCCUUCUGCAUCUAUGGCACAGCAUGGGGGAGCCUGAGCCUUUGUUGAGGCAUCAGCCACUGCUGUGGGAGAUGCUGUGUCCAUCCUACCACCCACACCCUGGUCUUCCUGCGGCAAGGGCCUGGGUGUGGCACUGAGGAACUCCUCUCCCUCUGGGCCUGAAGAUGGAGAAGAGCCCACCUCACCUUCAAACCCCUUCCUGUGCCUGCGCCAGCCAGCCACAAGGCAGCCGUGGGGAACAUAGCCCAGGCUCCCUGUGGCCCUGCCCUGUUCCUCAUUCUGGGAGUUUUUACUGUCAUGUUUUUUGUUGUUGUUUGAUUUUGUGUUUUUUUUUUUUU